GCUUAAUGUCACCCAAGUCAAUCAGCGAUGAAUGGGGAAAACAGAGAUUCUCUGCUUUUAGACAUUUCAGUUAUCUGUGUAUCAAAUGCAGUAUAUAUGUUCAUUCAUGUAUAUAAAUUCAUAACACCCAGACUAUUGUAUGUCAUGAUUGUAGCACAUUAUAAUAAUAAUAAAAGCACUAUAAUAUCAAUUUACAGUAUUUUUUUAUGUGUAUAUACAAAUGUUGGUCAAUAAACAACACAUAAGUUUAUGAAGCACAGACUUUAUUCACACCGCCAGACUACAAUGUAAACAGUAGUCAUAAAUGCUGCCUCAUUCACUUUAUUUUCAAGUAUUAAAAAUGAACAGCAAAUAUUUAAAUACUCAGAAAAUACUCUUUUUUUAUUUUUUUUUAUAUAAACUUUUUCAAGAUCAUGAAUUCAGAGGCUUUUUCAAAUUCAAGUUUUGGUGAUAUAAAAAUGACACCAUAGAAACCCUCCUCCAAGGACACUGGGUGGAAUAUACGGGCGAAGGAUGGCAGAGCCUCGAUUCAAUAAUCCAUAUUUCUGGCCACCACCUCCCUCUAUGCCUUCUCAACUUGAUAACCUGGUGCUUAUCGACAAGAUCAAAGAGCAGCUGAUGGCGGAAAAGAUCAGACCUCCGCAUUUGCCACCCACCACUCUCCCCUCUCAGCAGACUCUGCUGGUGGCCUCAGUGCCAUCAGAUGGCGGGCAACAUGUGAUGUCCAUCCCCAGACUGCAGCAGGUGCCAGGUCUUCAGGCUCACAACUCCUCUCAGCCUGACAUCGCCUUGCAUGCUCGCCCAGCAUCCAGCACCAUUUCAGAGCUGAACAUAGAUGACAAGUCUACAGUGAAGUCAAAGGGAUUAUGGGAAGACUGGCAUAUGCGACAAGCAGUGGACCAAUCCAACAGAGUGAACCAUCGCUCAGGUCUUAUGCUGUCAUCCCGCACAGACACCCACAACACCUCUGAGGCGUUAACGCCCACCACCCCAACAUCCAGCAGUCAGAAUCGCUUGGGUGGAGCACCUUCCUUAAACACCAUUUCCGGCCUGGCCAGUGGUCCUGUCAUGGAGCAGGUUAAAAGUGGAGGCUUGGUGGGGAUGCUGGGACCUCAGCCUAAAGCUCCACGUGGCCGCAAGAAGAUUAAAGCAGAAAACAACACAGGCCCCCUUCUGGUGGUGCCCUACCCCCUUCUGGCCUCAGGUCCUGACCAGGCAGUUACCAUCGCCAAAGAAGGAAAAACAUACAGGUGUAAAGUGUGUCCGCUUACUUUCUUCAACAAGUCAGAGAUGCAGAUUCAUUCCAAGUCCCACACGGAGACAAAACCCCAUAUGUGCCCUCACUGUUCCAAGUCCUUCGCCAAUGCCUCAUACCUAGCACAGCACUUACGUAUUCACUUAGGCAUCAAGCCUUACCACUGCUCCUAUUGUGAGAACUCCUUCCGCCAGUUAUCACACCUCCAACAGCAUACCAGGAUUCAUACUGGUGACAGACCAUAUAAAUGUGCCCAUCCUGGAUGUGAAAAGUCAUUCACACAACUCUCAAAUCUACAGUCUCACCAGAGGCAACAUAACAAAGACAAGCCAUACAAAUGUCCAAACUGCUAUCGGGCUUACACGGACUCAGCCUCCUUACAGAUCCAUCUCUCUGCACAUGCCAUCAAAAAUGCUAAAUCUUACUGUUGCAGCAUGUGCGGUCGUGCAUACACAUCAGAGACGUACCUUAUGAAGCACAUGUCCAAACACACAGUGGUGGAGCAUCUUGUCAGUCACCAUUCCCCACAGAGAACAGAAUCUCCAAGCAUCCCUAUACGUAUUUCACUUAUUUGAGCUUCCUCCUGCUUGUUAUUUUUCCAUUUAAAAGGUAUAUUGUGCACAUGCUGGUCUUCCAUUGAAAACAAAGGAAGAAAGUUGGUGCCCAGCACCAUAGACCUCGGAGGACAUUUGAGUCUUUCAUUGUCUUUGCCCCUUCAACUGUUUAGUGAAACUAAGCAUUCAGGUCACAGACUAGGCAACUGAUGUCUGAACUGAAUUGUCCAUGGCAACAAGAACAGACUGCAGACUAUAUAAGGAUUUGAUUGAGUAUUUCAAAACAGGAGAUUAAUUUUGAUCAUUUUAAUAUUUUGUUUCAAAGGUGUGUAAGGGAGACUUCCAAAGAUAACCUUAAAGCACUUUUUCCGCCUUGUUGUUUUGGCUCAAAGUAGAAUGAAUAUUCUCAGAAUGGGAGCAAAUUUCUCGCUUUUGGCAGCUAUGAGGGUUCUACCAUUUUUUUAGAAAGUAAGAUGGCUGUUUGUUGGUUUUGUCUUCACUUUGCCUCCAUGUCAUUUUGUAUUUUUUUAUUUACAGGGUAGUGCGUUUUAUUUUUCUAUGGAUGUGACACUUUAAGCUUCUUUUAUGAGGAAUAUGAGGUCAUAGUUGGAAAUGUAAAGGAAUUGUUGUGUGCCACGAUGUGGCGUCUGUUAGUUGGAAAGGUCAAUUUUCAAACUGAACUUGUGGCUAGCAUUUAAAAGUGUCAAUAAGACAUGGCACUCUCUAAAAUAUGUACGUUUUUUGUGACAAGGACUUUAUUGUGCAAUGCCAUGGGAAUCUAGAUUACGCCUCCCUUCCAACCACAGUAUUAGAGGAAAAAGUGUCCUUUUUGUCAUUGAUUUAUUUUUAAUGGAAUGGCAAUGCCCAUCAUUGCAGCAUGACAACACCCAUUGAAUGUGGUUAUGUCGUGACAUAGCAGAAGUGUUACAUGGGAUAAUUGUCAUUGAAUCAUACAUGUUCAGAGUGUUACAUAUGCCCUCUAAAGCAGUAUUUCCCAACCACUGUGCCGCGGCACACUAGAUAGUCAGGUGUGUGGUUGAAAUGUAUCAGAUUCCACAAAAUAAUUCAGGGCUGAGACUACUUUUUCAACCAUUUUUCCUAACAGUGCGAUUAAACUUUACAAGAGGUCGCAUUAGUGCGACUACAAAGUUGGCUGACUCGCUGAUUGUGUGCUGAUGUUUUCUGUUCCGUAUGAGAAAUAUGAAACGGCAAAUGUUCCAAAUGCAAAAGGAAACAGCUUUACCCGGAUUAGUCAGCGCUGCUCAAUGGAUAGAUCAGCACAGACGUGUAUUUACAUGCAGACCGGUCUCAACCGCUCAGCCAGAUCAUCAGAAACAGCUGUGAGAAGCACGGGCUGAGUCACAAAUUCGGCAUUGAUUAUUUGUUUAAAAUCUCUAUGAAAGCCCAUAAUGUGUUGAUGAUUAAACCAGUUUAAAAUUGUAUUAAACAGCAUCAACAUUCUAAACAGCAUUGAAAAUGAAUAAAGGAGAAAUCUGCACAAUGAACAGAAAGAAAUUGUAAGGUUUCAAUCCACACAUCACAGAUAUAAAAAAAAAAUAUAUAUAUAUA